AAAAACACUAGAGUUUGCCAAGAAAAUAUUGCUAGAAUCUCUGCAUGUGUGACCACAGACAGUGAGCCAGGCCUGAAAAAAUCAUUAAACCAUCCCAUACCGUCGUCCACGCCACCUAUAUAACAAUCUUCAAGAAUUUGGUACCAUAGAAACCUAACACAGCAAACAAGUUUGCGAGACAGUGAAGAUUGACUCUUGGGUAGAACUUAGAAUCUUGUCUAGAAAAUGAGCUGGUGGUGGGCAGGAGCUAUUGGAGCUGCCAAGAAGCAAUCUGAAAAUGGAGACGCAUCACGAGGACACCAGAGCGUGGCUUUAGUGGUAGGAGUAACUGGCAUUGUUGGCAACAGCUUGGCUGAAAUCCUACCACUCUCCGACACGCCUGGUGGUCCGUGGAAAGUCUACGGAGUGGCUCGUCGUCCACGGCCAAACUGGAACCUAGACCACCCAGUUGAAUACAUCCAAUGUGACAUCUCUAACACGGCCGACACUCAAGCAAAACUCGCCCAGCUAACUGAUGUUACUCACAUCUUUUAUGUCACAUGGGCCCUCCGAUUCACGGAGGCCGAGAACAUCGAAGCUAAUAACCUCAUGUUCCGCAAUGUCCUUCAGGCUGUUAUCCCCAACGCCCCCAAUCUCAAACAUGUUUGCCUCCAAACUGGUCUUAAACACUAUGUUGGUCCAUUCGAGUUGGUAGGUAAGAUCGAACCACAUGACACUCCUUACACAGAAGAUCUGCCCAGAUUAAAGGCACCCAACUUUUACUACGAUUUAGAAGAUAUUUUAGCUGAGGAAGUGGCAACGAAAGAGGGAGUGACUUGGUCUGUGCACAGGCCGCAUACAAUUUUCGGGUUUUCUCCAUAUAGUUUGAUGAACAUGAUGGGCACUCUCUCUGUUUACGCAGCUAUAUGUAAACAUGAAGGGAUGCCUUUACUAUUCCCCGGGACUGAAUCUGUUUGGAAUGCUUAUUCCAUCGCCUCUGAUGCAGAUCUGAUUGCUGAGCAGGAAAUUUGGGCAGCUGUGGAUCCUAAUGCACAAAAUGAAGCGUUUAACAUCCACAAUGGAGAUGUUUUUAAGUGGAAGCAUUUGUGGAAGGUUUUGGCUGAACAGUUUGGGAUAGAAAAAUAUGGGUUGCCUGAGAGUGGGAAGACAGUGAGCUUGACGGAGUUGAUGAAGGAUAAAGGAGCAGUGUGGGACAAAAUUGUGAAGGACAAUCAGCUGUUGCCUAACAAGUUGGAGGAGGUCGGGGUGUGGUGGUUUGCCGAUUUUGUGUUGGGUGCAGAGUCCAUUAUUUCGUGUAUGAAUAAGAGCAAGGAGCAUGGGUUUCUAGGGUUUAGAAAUUCCAAGAAUUCCUUGAUUUCGUGGGUGGAUAAGUUGAAGGCUCACAAGAUCGUGCCUGGCGAUUCUGAAUCAAAACAUAUCCAGAAGCAGCAGCAAGUUAACAUGAGCUGGUGGUGGUCUGGUGCUAUUGGCGCUGCCAAGAAAAGAUCCGAAGAAGAUGAAGCACCACGAGGUUACCAAAGCGUGGCCCUGAUUUUAGGAGUUACGGGGAUUGUCGGCAACAGUUUGGCGGAGAUUCUCCCACUCUCCGACACACCUGGUGGCCCAUGGAAAGUUUACGGCGUGGCCCGACGUUCACGCCCCAACUGGAACGAGGAUCAUCCGGUGGAGUACAUCCAGUGCGACAUCUCCGAUACCGCCGAAACCCAAUCGAAGCUUUCUAAGCUGGCUGAUGUGACCCACAUCUUCUAUGUUACCUGGGCCAGUAAACCCACAGAGGAGGAGAACUGCGAGAUUAAUGGUCUCAUGUUCCGUAACGUCCUCCAGGCCGUUAUACCAAACGCUCCCAAUCUCCGCCAUGUCUGCCUCCAAACAGGAGGGAAACAAUAUGUGGGUCCUUUUGAGCUGUAUGGCAAGAUUGAAGCUCAUGAUCCACCUUUCACGGAAGAUCUGCCCAGAUUAAAUGCUCCCAACUUUUAUUACACUUUAGAAGAUGUUAUGUUCGAGGAAGUGGCAAAGAAAGAAGGAGUGACUUGGUCCGUUCACCGGCCUGAUGUUAUCUUUGGGUUUUCGCCUUAUAGCUUGAUGAAUUUGAUUGUCACUAUUUCUGUUUACGCUGCAAUAUGCAAGCACGAGGGAGCUCCUUUAAUCUUUCGUGGAACAAAAGAGGCUUGGAAUGGUUACGCAAUUGCUUCUGAUGCAGAUCUGAUUGCAGAGCAUGAAAUUUGGGCGUGUGUGGAUCCUAAUGCACAAAAUGAAGCUUUUAAUAUCCACAACGGAGAUCUGUUCAAAUGGAAGCAUUUGUGGAGGAUUUUAGCAGAAGAAUAUGGGAUCGAAGAACAUGGAUUUGAAGAGGGGGAGAGUAGUAUAACAUUCACCGAGGCGAUGAAAGAUAAGGAACCAGUGUGGGAGGAAAUUGUGAAGAAGAAUCAGCUACUGCCAAACAAGCUGGAGCAAGUUGGAGGAUGGUGGUUUGCAGAUUUGAUAUUCGGUGGUCCGGGUAUCGUCACGAAUUUGAACAAGACCAAGGAACAUGGAUUUUUGGGAUUUCGAAAUUCCAAGAAAUCUUUUGUUUCGUGGUUAGACAAGAUGAAAGAUUACAAGGUUGUGCCUUGAUACGGGUGGUGUUAUAUCUGUUUUUGAGAAUAAACUUGGAGAUUGGAGGCA